AUGAAAAGGAGGAGAAUUCUCCAUUUGAAAUUGUAUGAUCCAUCCAAAUUACCCCUCACUCCAAAUACAAAUAGUAAAUCAUUCGAGGUGGAGAAGCCAAUCUUUGUACAUAGUAACAAUGACUCGAAAUUUAUUGAAGGUUGUGAAUGGAUUUAUAAGUGUCCACUCAAAUAUGAAGAAUUAUCAUUUUUGAAGGAGAAUUCAAGAUUAUGUAAGGAAUGUUCCAAAGUUGUUUAUUUUGUGAAUAAUAUUGAGGAUUUUACGGAAAAGAUUGAGGAAGGAAAGUGUGUAGCAUAUCAAGCAAAGGUUAAAACGAAUUAUGUUAUUCACAUGGGAAGAAAAUGUUUUUAA